UACAAUAUUUACAAUAUUCAAUUAAACUCAUUGUUUCUAACUAAUCAAUCAAUGGCUACUUCCACAUUUCUGUCCCUUUCAUGCACUCCUCAAAGCAUGUUGCAUUCCAAACAUAAGUCACAAACACAAUCCUCAACCAUGUCAUUGGUGUCACCUCAAUUGGUACAAAAACACCUCUAUAGCCCUCUAAGACACAAUGUAUCUUCUUUGAAACCUAAGAGAAUUCAUGUUGGUGGCUUGGUGAAGGCAUCAAUGAAUAAUAACAAGGAUGUGCAUGUGCUAAGCAAGGAGCAUCUUGCUGUGUCUUUGGCCAAAUAUGUUGCAGACCUCUCCGAAAAAUACAUUAGGGAGAAGGGGCGUUUCACCGUUGUUUUGUCUCCUGGACCCGUCAAGUAUCUAAGGAAGCUGGUGGAACCACCAUAUUGUGACACCAUUGAUUGGUCUAAGUGGCACAUAUUUUUGGUGGAUGAGAGAGUAGUGCCAAAGACUCACGUUGAUAGCAAUUACAAACUUGCUAACGAUAGCUUCAUCUCCAAGGUACCAAUUCCCCCACUAAAUGUGAGCACAAUUGAUGAUGCAUUACCAGCUGAUGGAGCAGCAGAUGUUUAUGAGACAACCCUAAGACGUUUGGUCACAAGCAAUGUGAUAUCAACAUCAUCCCUAACUGGCUUCCCAAAAUUUGAUCUUAUGCUAUUAGAUAUGGGACCUGAUGGACAUGUAGCUUCUUUGUUUCCAGGGUACCCUGCAGUGAAUGAGACUAGUAAGUGGGUUACAUAUCUUAAGAAUGCACCUAAACCACCGCCGGAGAGGAUUACUUUCACAUUGCCAGUGAUUAAUGCUACUUCAAAUAUUGCUAUGGUUGUGACUGGUGCUGGUAAAGCUGAUGCUGUUUACUCUGCACUUGAGAAAGGUCCUAAUGAUAAUAAGCUUCCUAUUCAAAAGGUGAAUCCUGAAGGAGAUAUCAAAUGGUUCUUGGACAAGGGUGCUGCUUCAAGGCUCUAUAGGUAGAUGCGAUCCAAGUAAUUUCAAGGUCAAACUCUAAUACUCUCUUUUCAGUACUUUCUCUAUUACCGAGUGAAAUUCAUGCAAGUUUCAACACUUUACGUGAGACUCGGUUUUAAGAGACAUGCAUGAAUUUAACCUGGUAAAAAAGAUAGUGUUGAAAAGAGAAUAUUAAGAGUGGGUGUUGCUAUCUUAUAUAUUUAAAUUUCUGCUAAAGAUAAAAUAAAGCAAUAUGAUGGGACUUCUGGUCAUGAUUCAAAUUAAGUUUUUCUAUAUGAUGUUAUACUAUUGUCUUGUUUCCAAGACAAUAAAAGAAGCAUAGAAUAAUUGUCUUUCUUUUUCUUUUUGAAUGUAAAUGGAUACUGCUCAAGUAUCCUAAUAUUUGUGUGUUUUUUAUUGAGCAAAAUAUGUAUGGAUAAUUACAAUUACAAUGAUGAUAUUCUCUAUUUAAUA